GCAUCAACUUUGCAAUGAUGCAGAAAGUGAAAAAAUAUUCUUUCGCCAAAAUAUUUUCGCGCGAACAGUACGAACACACACAAAUUUCUGCAAAAUACUGUCAAUAAUCUGGUAACACAAAUGCUGCAACACUGCUCUCACUCUUUUGUUUUUAUUUGUAUUUUGUAUCUCUCAUUCUCUCUCACAUCCCCGGUGGUCCAUUGCGUCGCCGCUUGUCAAUCUCAUUUAUUAUUUGGCGUUUGUUGCCGCGUUAUAAAGCAUUUUUAGUUUUCCUUCUAUUUUUCGUUUUAAUUGAUAUUAAGUGCACGUUUAAGCUAUAAUUUUGACAAAAAAAUGUUAUUCUGAAAAUAGAAAACAUUUAUUUUGCCACCCGUCUGCUAAUAGUACAGAGGAAUGUCUACAGCGAUAAAGUUGAAUUGUUUUCGGGCUGUGGACAAAUGGAGUGCAUCACGGUUUGCCUUUUAUUUGGGUUUAACUUUCUAUUUUCAACUACAAACUACGCUUGCCGAUAUUUCCUCAAAGAGUAGUAACGCACUCGCUGGCACAUUCACACCCCCCACUUUGUCCAUACAAACUGAUUUGGAGCCUAUAAAUGGUACAAUAAAUUAUCGUAUAAAUGGCAAAAAUAAUCGUGACAAUAAACCUUGGUUUGACGGCCGCGGACUGGAUAUGCAGCACACGCAGUGCGUGCGUCAUGGACGUUGCGAGAAGCUCGCUGUUAAUAGCACUUGCCUGGGUGCUAAAAUUCCAUACAAUUUUACCAGCUUAGAUCUCACCGACUACCAGAGCAAGGAACAAAUGUUGAAGCAUUUAAAUAGUUAUCGUGCGCUGAGACAUGUACCGAAAUGUUGGGCUGUAAUUCAACCAUUUCUUUGCUCUGUAUUCAUGCCGAAAUGUGAAGAAAUCAAUGGCAAGGAAAUGGUUUAUCUGCCUUCGGUUGAAAUGUGUCGCAAAACUUUGGAACCGUGUCGAAUUCUUUACAAUACAACAUUUUUCCCCGAAUUUCUGCGUUGCAAUGAAACCUUAUUUCCGCCGAAGUGCACGAACGAUGUGCAAGAAAUGAAAUUCAAUGCUACAGGCAGCUGCCUUGCACCGCUGGUACCGGUCGACUCAAGUAGUAGCAACUAUCCUGGCAUUGAGGGUUGCGGUGUACAAUGCAAAGAUCCUUUGUAUACAGAUGAUGAGCAUCGACAAAUACAUAAAUUAAUUAGUUGGCUUGGUAUAAUAUGUUUCCUGGCGAACUUAUUCGUAGUGGCCACUUUCAUAAUUGAUUGGGAGAAUGCCAAUAAGUAUCCAGCGCUGAUUGUGUUCUACAUAAAUUUAUGCUUCAUGAUUGCAUGUUUGGGUUGGUUAGCACAAUUCACCCCCGGCUCACGUGAGGACAUUGUUUGCCGCAAAGAUGGCACCUUACGCCAUUCGGAGCCAACAGCUGGCGAAAAUCUCUCUUGUAUCGUCGUCUUUGUGCUGGUCUACUAUUUUCUCACCGCAGCCAUGGUUUGGUUUGUCUUCCUCACCUAUACGUGGCACCUACGGGCUGUAGGCAACGUCCAGGAUCGUAUAGAUAAGAAGGGCUCUUACUUUCAUUUGGUCGCUUGGUCACUACCGCUAGUGCUUACCAUCACCACCAUGGCGCUAAGUGAAGUUGAUGGCAAUAGUACGGUUGGUAUUUGCUUUGUUGGCUAUUUGAAUCAUCCCAUGCGCUCUGGCCUGUUGCUGGGACCAUUGUGUGGCAUUAUAUUGGUGGGAGGCUACUUUGUGAUACGCGGCAUGAUUAUGCUUUUUGGACUGAAACAUUUUGCAAACGACAUUAAAUCGACUUCGGCCAGCAAUAAGAUACAUCUAAUAAUUGUGAGAAUGGGACUCUGUGCGAUAUUUACGCUUAUUUUUAUACUAGCAUCCAUUGCGUGCCAUGUGAACGAGUUUAGAAACGCGCAUAAGUGGGCUGAGAGUCUGAGGAAAUUCAUAAUCUGCCGCAUUUCAACGGAAGAGCAAUGCAGAAUCGAAGUACGUCCCAGUAUUGCGCUGUUGCAGCUGCAUUUACUCUGUCUUUUUGGUUCGGGGAUUGUCAUGUCCACUUGGUGCUGGACACCGUCAUCGAUUGAAACUUGGCGACGCUACUUAAGAAAAAAAUGUGGCAAGGAAGUAGUCGAGGAAGUUAAAAUGCCCAAGCACAAAGUUAUCGCCCAAACUUGGGCCAAACGCAAAGAGUUCGAGGACAAAGGGAGGCUCUCUAUAACCCUUUAUAAUACGCAUACUGACCCUGUGGGUUUGAACUUCGAUGUAAAUGACUUGAAUUCUUCUGAGACGAAUGAAAUCAGUUCAACAUGGGCAAAUUACUUGCCGCAAUUUGUAAAACGGCGCAUGGCGUUGACGGGUGCGGGUGCCACAAACUCUUCCAGUCAAGGUCCGCGCAAAAAUUCACUUGACUCCGAAAUAAGUUUUAGCGUGCGACAUGUUUCAGUGGAAUCAAGGCGCAACUCUGUAGACUCUCAGGUAUCAGUUAAAAUUGCGGAGAUGAAAACAAAAGUUGCCUCGCGCACGCGUAAUGGUCAUCAUCAUCAUCAUCACCACAGCAGUAAGCAUUCAUCCGCCUCCAACAAGCGCUCACAAAAGCGCCGCGAUUUCAUGUCUGCGUCUACUACUGGGCGCAAAUAUAAUGGACGCCGAGAAAGCAGCACUUCUAUAGAAUCGCAAGUCAUUGCAUUGAAAAAAACCACAUAUCCGAACACAAGUCACAAAGUCGGCUUAUUCGCCCAACAAAGUACAAAAAAGCACCACACACAUGACGGCAAAAUGAUGAAAAGGCGCAGCGCAAAUGCAGGUUUGGACCCCGCCGAUAUCAGUGAGUUUUUGGCCAAAAACGGUCAAUUCCUAAUGCCUUUCCUUCAGCAACAAGCUGUGAGCAGUUCUUCCGAUGAGGAUAAUUCUCAUUCAUUCAAAAUACAGGAUUCACGCUUAGACGUAGUGCUAAAGCAGGAUCUAAGUGACGAUUACAACGACGGCGAAAAUACUGCAGCACAGCGUCACAGUGGACCACGAAUUGAAGAGAUAGACACAGAUACGCAUGAGCGUAAUGUUAAAAAACAAAUCGCCUUAGAAAAUUUACUAAAAAAUAUGCAAAUGUCCAAUGAAUCGGGCACAAAUCGCAAUUCACGCAACUCCACACGCAGCCGGCAUUCACGUCGAUCACAGGCUACCAGCACCGCUGCGGCUGCCACCGCCGUCAUUGUGAACACCAACAGUCGACGCUCGCAACGCAAUAACAAAGGCAGAAAGCACAGUUCUAUGCGCUCCAAUACUGCCGCCGCUACCGCCGCCGCAUUACACAACGCCAGCAAUGACGACGAAGAUCUGAAUAUAUCCGAUUUAAAUUUGCAUCUAGCACGCGAUCUCAAUUGUAAUGGCAUGGAUGACGCUGGCGAUUCCAUCACAUCCUCAUGCACUUCCUCUGAACUCGACCUACCGCUAGGUUUGACAAUGCACAGCUCCUAUUCGGGCCUGUCGACUGGCAAGCCAAAUUCGCGCAGCAGCAAAACAAGCUGCGAUGUGGGCAUACAAGCGAAUGCCUUCGAAAUAGCUACGCACAAUUUAGUAUCCUAUGAUGAGGAUGAACUCAAGUUGGCAAUGCGGCAAUUGAAUGGCAAGAAUGUGCGCCAGAAAAGUGAUUACGCCGAUGAAGCGUUAGAUGCCACCGAAAUGCACACGUUGUUGCCCAACAACAAACAUAAGGAAGCAAUGCUGCUAACCGAAUCAGAGAAAUUGAAAAUGUUGUUGCUACCAUCAAAGUAGAUGUGAGAAAGAGGAGAGGAUAGGGAAGAGAAAGAGAAAGAAGAGCAAGUAUGGCAGCUCAAGGAGAUCAGGCAGUUAAUAUUAAAGAUAAGCCUUAAAUAAUUGGCACUGAGAUGUAAAAGGUGCGCUAAUAGAGCGCGCAAAGUUUAGGACGUUGGACUCUUUAUUCAUGUAAGUUUGUAUUUAUUUUUAAAAGCACGGCAGCGCAGUUUUUAAUGGCGCAUAAGGGAAAAAAUUUACACCGAAUGCCCAAAGGUUAGAAUAA